AUGGUUGCUACUACUAAAGAGAGUCUGAAUAAAAUAAACAGAGAUUUUGGAGGUAUUAAGGUGGCUGCAGAUCAUUUUGUUUGUUGGGCUAAUGAACAGCUAGAAGAUGAAGAGAACGCAGAUUUGGAGUUGGAGGUGCAGAUAGAAUUGCCACCGAAAAGAGUUAGAAAGAAGAAAACGAUGCCUGGCGAGAAGGCUUAUGGUGAAAGGCUGAAUGACGCAGAGAGGGCUUAUGAAGUUGAGGAAUUUAGCAUGGCUUAUUACAGGGAAUAUGAAGAUUAUAGUAACCAGAGAGAAUAUGAUGACCGCAGAGGUUAUGAUAAAAACAGAGGUUAUGAUAAUCGCAGAGAUAGUAACAACAGAGGUGCUGGUCAUAGGAGUCCUCAUCGAAAAAUGAUGUCAAGGGAAAAAGCAAAAAAUAUUUUAGAUGUGGAGGCGAGAUUUCGUGACUUCUGGUAUCUAGAUAAUGGAGAAGAUAAUCGUGACCGGCUUCAGGACGCAAUCGAUGUUGUAUAUAACACGGUCCCAGGAAAUGAUUAUGUAAUUGAUUACAUGGAAUGCCAGAAUAGCUGCCGUUUGAAGGUCAAAUGUUUGACUUGCAACGUCGAGUUGACAGGCUAUGAUCCUUUCAUUACUCAUGAAAAGGGAAAACCACAUAAAAAGGUACGACAGCAGAUCAUCUGUAUCAAGGAUCCCAACAUAAAAGCAGAGCUGACAAAACAGCCACAUAACCUUAUGAAAGGAAUCUUCGAACCAAAUUCAUUAGAAGACAUGAUUGAUCACUGCAAAGAAACCAUCCUGGGAGUCCACUUUCUUUAUAAGGAAGUGAGAGAAAGGCCGUAUUUCACUUGCACACUUUGCCUUAAGAGAAGGGGAGCAAGGUGUCUGCCGUCAGUUCAAACAAGAUGUAUAUAUUAG